AAAGACUGUUUUGCAGGAUGCAGGAUCUUUGGGGGGAGUAUGCUGUCACAGCGCUGUCGGCUCGCGGAGGAAGGAAGCCUCCUGCUCGGCUGGCUCUUUUUUGUUCAUGGAAUUGAACACUCCGUGCCAUCCCGCCGGCUUUGCCUUGAAAGCACCCCGGAUGGGUUUGGUGGCCGAGCCCCCGAGAGCGCUUCGCACCGACUCUAGCUAGCAGAGAAAUGGGAAGAGGCGAGGCGGCGGUUGGUGACAGUUAGAAGCAUGCUUUCCGCUGCCCUUCCCAGCACCACCGGCCACGCAGGAUGUCUGUGAGCGAGAACGCGGUGUUUGCCUACGAGUCCUCGGUGCACAGCAGCAACGUCCUGCUUAGCCUCAAUGAGCAGCGGAAGAGGGACGUGCUGUGCGACCUCACCGUGCUGGUGGAGGGCCGCUGCUUCCGGGCCCACCGCUCGGUGCUGGCUGCCUGCAGCAGCUAUUUCCACUCGAGAAUCGUAGGCCAGGCUGGUGCCGACCUCAGCAUCACGCUGCCCGGAGAGGUGACUGUUAAAGGAUUUGAACCUUUAAUUCAGUUUGCCUACACUGCGAAGCUGAUUUUAAGUAAAGACAAUGUUGAUGAGGUGUACAAGUGUGUGGAGUUUUUAAAUGUACACAAUAUUGAGGAAUCCUGCUUUCAGUUCCUCAAAUUUAAAUUUUUGGACUCCACUGCAAACAAGCAAGAAUGCCCCAGAAAAAAAUGCUUCCCAUCACACUGCCAGAAAGCAGACCUUAAGUUUUCCUUGUUGGACCAGAGAGAUCUAGAAAUCGAUGAGGUGGAAGACUUCUUAGAAAAUAAAAGCGUUCAGACUCCUCAGUGUCAACUUCAAAAGCACCAGGCCAGUGUGAGAACAUCGCCUCCCCUGCAGGACAGUGCCAGUCAGACGUACGAGUCCAUGUGUUUGGAGAAGGAUGCAGCCCUGGCCUUGCCCUCGCUAUGCCCCAAAUAUAGAAAAUUCCAGAAAGCAUUUGGAACGGACAGAGUCCGUGCUGUAGAAGGCAGUGUCAAGGAUGCCCAUGCUGCUCCUGGUCAGCCGAAUGAGCCCUCUGAACACGAAUGUCUCGGGGACGCCCAGGACUCUGCAGAUCUGCAGGCGAUUUUGAAAUGUGAAGAUGGGAAGUUAGCCGUGGAACGCGAAGAAACAAAGAAAAAAGAUCCCGUUUCGCACUGCCCAACAGAACCAACAGAAGUGACUCCUUUCCCCCACAGUUCUUCUGCACACCCUCAUGGGCUCUAUUCCUUGUCUGUCUUACACACCUAUGACCAGGCUGGGGACUUGGGUUUUGCUGGUAUGCAAAACACCACAGUGAAAGCUGAGAAACCCCUGUCAGGGACAAAUGCUCACGAAGAGAAGUUUGGUGAGAGUCAGGAUGUAUAUCUAAAGCCUGACCCAGGGCCUAAAGAGGAUGGCAGCUUUGCGUCCAGCGACCGGAGUAGCGUGGAGAGGGAAGUGGCCGAGCACCUGGCCAAAGGCUUCUGGAGUGACAUUUGCAGCACAGAUUCUUCCUGCCAAAUGCAGUUAUCGCCUGCCGUGGCCAAAGACGGCUCCGAGCAGAUCUACUCUCAGAAACGGUCUGAGUGUCCCUGGCUGGGUAUCAGGAUCAGCGGGAGCCCAGAGCCAGGCCCGAGGACUUUCACAACUCUGAGUUCUGUCAACUGCCCUUUUAUCAGUACUCUGAGUUCCGAAGGCGGCUCAAGCAACUUGGAAAUUGGAAGUGACUACUAUGCUUCGGAGCCCCAGCAGGAACCCUGUCCCUUUGCUUGUGUGAUCAGCUUGGGCGAUGACUCCGAGACCGACACGGAGGGCGACAGUGAGUCCUACUCGGCCAGAGAGCAAGAAUGUGAGGUAAAACUGCCAUUUAAUGCUCAGCGAAUAAUUUCACUGUCACGAAAUGAUUUUCAAUCCUUGCUGAAAAUGCACAAACUGACCCCGGAACAACUGGACUGCAUUCACGACAUCCGCAGGAGAAGUAAGAACAGGAUUGCUGCCCAGCGCUGCCGCAAGAGGAAACUGGACUGCAUACAGAACCUGGAGUCAGAAAUCGAGAAGCUGCAAAGUGAGAAGGAGACGCUGUUGAAGGAGCGAGACCACAUUUUGUCAACACUGGGGGAGACGAAGCAGAACCUCACCGGCCUCUGCCAGCAGGUCUGCAAGGAAGCAGCCCUGAGUCCAGAACAGAUCCAGAUCCUCGCCAAGUACUCGGCCCCCGACUGCCCGCUCUCUUUUCUGAUUUCUGAGAAAGGCAAAAGUACUCCUGGUGGCGAUGGUGAUGGUGAUGGUGAGCUUGUGCUCCCCGCAGUUUUCGGUCUGUCUGAUGGGCCUCCAGCUCCCAGUGGGCGAGGGAGCAGGGAGACUGGCCCCGAGGUGGGGCAGGAGCCCCAGCCGCCCUCGGCAGCUGCCGUGCAGGCCACACUGGGGGAGCGGUGUCGCCAGAGCGGCGGGAUCUCGGAUUUCUGUCAGCAGAUGACUGAUAAAUGUACUACUGAUGAGUAAACUCGUGUUGCUUCGUUCAGACAUGGAAUUUUCUACUGAAAUAUUGGCAUAGUAUUGAAAGCCUCAUAUGGCCAUCUCUUGCUUAAUAAUUCUACUUUCCCUGUCAGCUUUCUAUUAGAGAAUUUCUAUAAUGUCCACCCUGGUUUCCUCUAAGAGUCUCACCAGAAACAUGAAAACUUAAAACAAUGUGUGCAAAUCCAGUAAAGACUGUAAGGCUCGUGUUACCAGGAGAAGGGAAGGCACAGAGUAGCUCUUGUCUACUCGACAAGUCUGGUGUCAGCACUGUGGAACUUUGCGUAGAGCUGGGGUGUGAACAAUCGGUCAUCCCGCCUGAAUCCUGGAGCGCUGCUCUUCAGCUCACACCAAAGCCUGACGCUGGCUAAACCUCGUGACCCUGAGCUGCCCUGGCAGGACAUAGUGAUUGGCAGUGGCUCACCUAAGCUGGCUUCUGCUCUCCUCAGUAUUGGCCCAAACAAAUGGGAGAUAGUGUUGCUUUCUCUCCUCUUUAAUUUUCCUUUUCAGUCUUUAUCACAUCCUGUUCAGUUUGUGACUGUCUUGUCCCUUGGGAGAAGAAACAAGGCUUGGAUCUCGUCACGUGAGCGCCGCGCUGCCAGCUUCCUCCCACGCGAGGCUUCUUCCUUCCCACCACAGGCCACCAGUGCCGUGGAAAUGGGCAUCCGGCCAGGGUGGGGAAGGGCUUCUCACCCUUGCUUUGCAGUCCUGUGUAUGUCUGUACAAAAGCAUCUUUGUAAGCAGACAAGCAGAUCUUUGCAGGUUUUUAAGAGUGAAAGUUGGUCCUACUCCAUGUUGGGUCUGCAUUUGAGAACCAUAUUCAGUCCUCAUUUCCUUCCCCAAAUUUGGUGUGGUAUAAACUAAGGCAAACAGAUCAGUUAAGACCUCAGGCAUUCAGAAAUCAAUCCUUGUGUUGAAUUUAACCUGGUAAAAAGUGCAUUUAUAUUCUGAGCGCUUAUCCCAUAACACUUGCAGUGAUUCUUGGCCAUUUUGGAAUUACGGACUUGACUGGGUAAUGGAAGCUGGCUGUAGACCUCAGUAGCGAAGGUAAAACAUUAUAAACAACACAGCUCGAAGGUCCCUCACCAGGCAUCUGAAAUAUUACAAAAUCUGACAGUCUUGAGGGCUGAAAUGAGGGCAAGACAUGGAAAUCUGACUACAUGUGUGACAAGUUGCAGUCAAAACAGGACACUAAAAAUAUUGGAAUUACUUUAAGCUAUGUACAUAUGGCAAAUAUAGAAUAUAAAUGCCUUUCAUGUUUAAACUUGGGGUCUCAUCCCCAAAAUAUCUUAAGUGUUAAAAGCUAUUCCAAAAUCUUUUUUUUAAAAAAUCUGAAAUCUGAAAUCCAUGUGACUCCAAGCUUAGGAGACAGGGCUCCUCAGAGCCAGUUUUAUCUGGAACGAGGAGUAGAGGAGGUGCUAAUAUCUGAAAUAGCAAGCGCUUCAUUUCCCAUGGAGACACCUGAACGACAGCAUUCUGCGUGUCUAGAGACCUGUGUAUCUGGAAACAGCCACCCAGUGUGGAACUGAGUCAGUAGCAUACGUGCCUCUGCUGUGUGAGUGUGUGGGAUCCGGUCUCAGUGUUUCAGAGUGAUUUGUCAACCCUUUUUCAGUGUGGGUGUGGGGAGGAAGGGAGGACAGUGCUGUGUCUGCAGUAUUUGUGUUUAAACUUUGGAAAAAAGAAUUAGUUGGGAUUAUUUUCUAGAAACUUUCAGAAGUACACUCAGUUUGGGAGAAUGACAUUUUAUGAUAAGUCAUCCAAUAUUACAAAAGCAUUAUGUGUAUAUAUCUCCCCACUUAGCUAUUCUUUGAGACUUGUAAUUUUAAAUUUCAGCUUCAUGAUAUAAAAUAAUAUAAAAACUUCUCGUUUACAAGAUGUAAAAUCUUAUCCAAGUUAAUGGAAUCCUUGAUUUCCUACCUCAGAGUACACUCAGCUGUCUAUGUUUGUGCAAAUGUCAAAUAACCGUUUGCUUUAAUUGCAACUGUAAAUAGUUCUUUAAAAAGUUAUCAUUUUAUGAUAAAACCUAGUUGUCUCACAGCUUAAAUAUGAUUUUAAGGCACCUCGUUUAAAUUCCCCUCUAUCUAUGAACAGUUUAGCAUUAAGGGUUUAUUUGUGGUAUCUGGUCAUUGGCCAAGUGUAAUAUUUCUUAACAUUUAGCAUUACUUUCAAUAGCCAGCAUGCAAUACAAGUAACUACACUACCUCAUAACGACAUGAUUUUCAAGUUGAUGGACAGAAAAGAUUUUAUCUUUGUCUUUUGGCCAUAAGGUGGGUAAGUUUUUCUAUAUAUUGCAUAGCAUUAAGCAUUUAUGCCUAUUUUAACAUGAGCUUCUAAGGAAGUUUUUUCCUAAGAAAAUUUCUUUUGAGACAAUAUUUUUCUUGAGGUUGCCGAAGACAAAUGACAGGACAAACGUGUAUACAGUGUAUGCCUUUUCCUUCAUGCAGAGCUUUGACAGUGUUCUCAGUUUGUGUCUUGCAGAUUCACAAUCAUUGUUCCUUACUUUAUGACCUGGCCUUCUUGAUGCCUGAUGACUUUUAAAGGCUGUUAUUUCUGACAAUAAGGUUACCUUAAAAUUUGCCCCUUAUUUGAAUAUGAUAGCUAUAGCAAAUGAUUUGUUAAAUUGUCAUAUCCAAAGUACAUAUGGCUAUAAUGUUGGUUUUUCCACUUGCUUUUAUAAUACUUUACAGUAGCUUAACCAGUUUUAAAUUAGGCAUUGGGUGUACAAGAUGCAGCAGAUGACAGAGAUAGACGUGGGUGCUCAGCCACAUUACAACCUGGACAAAAAGAAACGGCAAUGUUACAGUAAAUUCUCAGGUGAACUUUUUUCAGUUAUGAAAACCUCUAUUUUGAAUUUGUAAAUAUUUUAAAUGUUUUAUUAAGGCAUGUAAAAAAAACUACUCUUUGAAACCUGUUUGGUAGAAUGAAAAUUUAAAGCCAUAAUGAUAAAAGAUGUUGUACUGAUUGUACAAUAAACAGAAAUAAUAAUAUUGAUUUUUUUGUAUCUUUCAUAAUAUAAUUUUCUAACUGCAAUAAAACCACUAAACUUAAAUA